UCUGCUCUGCUCAGGUUUUCCAGGAUAGAUUCUCUCUAAAGAUCUCUCCAUGUUUAUUCCUCCCUGUUGUACGACAUGUGGUCCUCUGUGUGUGUGUGUGUGUGUGUGUGUGUGUGUGUGUGUGUGUACUGUACAAAUACUGGAGUGUGUGUUGCGCAGCUGCGCGUUAGUCUGUCAUGUUCAGCACUUUGGACAGCGCAGCUGAACCCUGGUUGGAGCGCUAAUGUCUCACUGCAGCCUGAAUGCACACAUACACACAUACAGCUCUAAUGUGUCCAUCUGAGUGUCAGUAAACCCCUGUGAGUCCAUAUAAUGAGUAGGAGUGGUCACUGUGGGAGGGGUCGCGCGGUUUUGGGAGACGCAGGAGGGAGGUGGUGGGGAAUGGGGGCGCAGUCGGUUGUGCCCCGGCAGAUUGUUCCCAAAGCUUCCAAGAGUAAGCAGACAGUCAAGGCCAGGAUUUGGAUGAUUCGUGACACUUGGAAAGAGAGAGAAACACAGAGACAGGAGGAGCAACGCCCACCGAUUAGAGUCUGGAGUGUGUGUGUGGAGACAUAAAAUGUGGAGCCUUCAAAAUAUGAGCAGUUCGUGACACGCAUGGUUUAACUCAGAGGGGCCCCCGCACGACGAAGGGAAAAACACAUGUAUGCUUUUUGUUUUGUUGUUGUUGUUUUUUUUCUAAAAUCAGCUCAAACUGAUGAGCAGACAGUGCGGGAGAGAGAGAGGAAGAGAGAGAAGGGGGGGUUUGGAUGUGCGCAACGGAGCAUGAGUGCCACUGCGGGCACGGAGCGCGCUGUUCCUUUUUAUCAAUUUUGUUUAUUCCUGCUGUAAAAGUAUCUCCUCCCUCAUGCGCUCCAUCUUCUACACAUCCUUAAAAAAACAAACAGAUUCAAUUUGGUGGAAACUCUUCUUUGCCAUGGAACCUGUUGUCUGGCGAUGAUUUGUUGCGUGCUUGGAAUAUUUUCUUUUUUGUUCCCAAUAACAAGUGGUGAGUUGAUCCAGGAACAAAAGCGACUGAAGGAGAGGGAAAUAAGGCUGUGAGAUGUCUGAUGUGAUGAUCUGCGCACUGUGAGAGUUCCCAACUUGAUGUUCCUCUGCUACACUCUGUGACCCUCCCGUCUUUAUCGGCGACUCAGCACAUUUCCCGAUGAGGAUGUCCUCUGUUUGCGAGCAAGAUUUAAGGAUUUCACAGAAAUUGGAUUUUUCUCUUUUUGUAUUUGGGGAAUGGCUGCUAAAAAUAGCCUGAAUGCUGAUGAGGUUACAAAGAACAGGUUGGUGUUUAGCUGAAACUUAGAGACAUGCGGAAAGAUGCUCAGUUCUAGGACAUUUUAAAUCUCAUCACAGACAAAGUGAGAGAAAGGAAGGAGAGACAAAAAAAAAAGGAUCCGUCAACCAUCAGUUAUUUGGUGGGGAAAAAUUUAUUCAGAUCAGCAUAGUUCACUUGAGGAGAAUAGAGACCAACAGGCGAUCUUUGGUAGCAGCUUGUUGAUGGCACUGCGCACUGGGAGGACUUGGUUUGGGCAGGUCUUGCGCAGGGUCUUUCGGCUGCAGGGCUCCUGGUCCAGGCGAUCAAGCAGUCUCUUGUGUCUCUCCGCGAACCAGGAGCAGGAUCUGGGGUUCUGUCACCGGGAUCACUACAAGGCGGGGGAUUUCCACCGCUGCUCCGAGUCCGGCGUCCACCGCGUCCACCGUCACCGGAGCGCACCUUUCUGCGCUUCCGCCUCCAGGCGCUGUCCACACGGCUUUCCCCACGCUUGCUGCGCCUUCCCCGGGAAUCCGAGGGGACAUGAGCCCCUCGGUCGCCGGUUCCUGUUGGCCAUGAAGCGGCAAAACGUGCGGACCUUGUCCCUAAUCAUUUGCACGUUUACAUACCUGCUCGUCGGGGCCGCCGUCUUUGACGCCCUGGAGUCCGACUUCGAGAUGCGGGAAAAAGAGCAGCUGGAAGCCGAGGAGAAGCGUCUCCAGGGGAAAUAUAACAUCAGCGAGGAUGAUUACCGCAAACUGGAGACCAUCAUCAUGGAGGCAGAGCCCCACAGAGCCGGGGUGCAGUGGAAAUUCGCAGGGUCAUUUUACUUUGCCAUCACGGUUAUCACCACAAUAGGCUAUGGCCAUGCAGCGCCGGGGACCGAUGCAGGGAAGGCCUUUUGCAUGUUUUAUGCCGUCCUGGGAAUCCCUUUGACUCUUGUCAUGUUUCAAAGUCUGGGCGAGAGGAUGAACACUUUUGUUAAGUACCUCCUGAAGCGGAUCAAGAAGUGCUGUGGCAUGAGCAUCACCGAUGUGUCCAUGGAGAACAUGGUGACCGUAGGAUUCUUCUCCUGCGUCGGCACCCUGUGCAUCGGGGCUGCUGCCUUCUCCCAUUACGAGGAUUGGAGCUUCUUCCAGUCAUAUUAUUACUGCUUCAUCACAUUAACAACUAUAGGCUUUGGGGACUUUGUGGCUCUUCAAAAGAACCGGGCCCUCCAGAAGAAGCCCCUGUAUGUGGCCUUUAGCUUCAUGUAUAUCUUGGUGGGCCUGACGGUCAUCGGGGCAUUCCUCAACCUGGUGGUGCUCCGAUUCCUCACUAUGAACAGUGAGGAUGAGCGUCGGGAUGCUGAGGAACGGGCCUCGCUAGCUGGCAACCGGAACAGCAUGAUCAUCCACAUCCAGGACGAGUCGCUGCCGCGGGGCCGGCGGCGGCGUGAGCCGUACCGGGCGGAAGUGACUGAUUUGCAGUCAGUCUGCUCCUGUAUGCACUACCACUCGCAUGACUUCGGCAGCUCUGGGGGAGGGAUGGGAGGCCUGGGCUGUGCCUUCUCCCAUCAGAACUCAUUCAGCUCACAGCUGAAUCCCAAUCAGUACUUUCACUCAGUUUCCUACAGGAUCGAGGAGAUCUCGCCCAGCACCUUGAAAAACAGCUUCUUCCCUUCACCCAUCAGCUCGAUGUCUCCGGGCCUUCACAGCUUCACAGACAAUCACCAGCUCAUGAGGAGACGGAAAUCCAUCUAAAUCCAAACAUAGACAGGACAAACGAGUUUCCAUGUUUUAUACACAAGGUCAAACAUUUCCAAUGCUGCUCCUUACCAAAUCUUAUUUCAGCACUUUUUUUUUUUCCCUUUUUAGUUCUAUGUAAUAUAAAAAGUAUUCUUGGGAAAAGAUGAAGAACACUAUGCGGAACAGCAAGCGUGGACACAAUGGGAUGCAAAGCAUGAAGCAUGGAUGUCUAUUUUUUCAAGAGAUUGCUCCAUUUACACGAACUACAAGACCUUCCUUAUUUCAGAUUUACAGUACAAAAUUGAUAUAUUAACUUUGGUUACAUACCAAAUGAUGCACACUUGGGGAAAUCCUAUUUUUCAAAAGGGAGUAUGCUUGUUUCACCUUAACUUGAAGAAACUUUUACCGUUAUGUACUAUUCCAUUGCCUCACUGCAGACAGAGAUUUUAAAAUGACUUAAAGCAUCAGGUAUUGUUUUCUAAAAGCAAUCAUAUAUUUCAAUGGUUUCACCACACAUCAAGCCAAAAUAUUGUUGCCAAUGUUAGCAUGUGCAUUAGAUGUCAUUUAAUGAGUGUGCCAUGGUUUUGUGACAUUCUUUAGUCUAUUUAUAGAACAGCUGUAUGAAGAGCGUCCGUUUGUUUUGGAUUCAAAGGAUCAUGCUGCUGUUAUUAGAUAUUUCACCCUAAUUUGGCCACAAAUUUAAUUUCACCCACAGCCUUUUUCAUAAUGAGAGUUAAAGAGACCUAAAGGAAAAUCCACCCUCCACACUACACUGGUAAACACAUUUGCAAAUUUUGGUUGGUUUUACACAAAUAUUCAUCAAUUUACUGUCACCUUAAAAGACCAGAAUGCAAUGCAGCUGUAGAUAUGUAACAUUAGGGGUAUUCAGUGGUUUAGGUCUACACAACAGUAAGACACAAGAGACAGAUAAAGACGAAGAUAAAACGUUUCCUGACUUUUAGAAUCCAGUAUGGAUCAAACUCUAAAAACACUGGAUCCUACAAUUCCCAUGAUGCAACUCAAUGGCAUUUUAAAUAAGACACUCACUGCUUUCUAAAUGUCAACCUUCUUUCAAACCCUGUACCUGCACAGGCAUUCGUUUUUAAAAUUUUAAAAAAA